UACAUCGGCAGACACUCACUCACAAGUGGUCACGUUGAACACACACGAGCAAUAAUGAAGUUCCUGGCAAUUUUCCUCCUGGUGGCUUCCGCUUGCGCUACUGAGAUUGAAAAGCGAGAGGCGGGGCCGAGCUAUGGCUAUUAUCAUCCUUCCUAUAGCUAUGGUCAUGGUUACCCUCACGUCUUAGUGGGUCAAGGUUAUCCCUAUGGUUAUCGGAGGCUACCCAUAGGCUACAGUUACAGGCACUACCAUCACAAGAGGUCUGCAGCUCCAGAGCCAGAGGCUGAGUCUUCCUUCUACCAUGGACACUACUCUGUCUACCGUCCUUAUGGUCACCACUACGCAAAGAGGUCUGCCGACCCUCACCCUUAUGCUGAGCCUCUCAUUUUCGUCCGACAGGAUGACACAGAGGUUCUUCUUACGCCCUGGUGGCACAUCGUCCUCGACGUCUUGGCUGUCCUCCGUCUCGAUCAAGGGAACGUUCUGUCUGACGUCAAUGGGGGUAGCUUCAUGGAGAGUUUUCGCGUCGCUGCUCAUCACUCUGUAUCUCAUCCAACUCCAACUCCUGUUGUCAGUGGUCUGGAGAAAGGGGAGAAGUCUCACUGGAUGAACCGACUCAAGUAUCUUCGAUGUGAUCAUUGUGGUUACAGUUGGGCAGUAAUUGCCAGGACCCUGUUUCACCUACUUAGUUUAAUUCCCAUUUGCGACUAUAAAAGGAAGAGGCCGACUUCCACCGGCAGACACUCACUCACAAGUGGCCACGGUGAACACCCACGAGUUACAAUGAAGUUCCUGGCAAUUGUGCUCCUGGCGGCUUCUGCUUGCGCUGCUGCAAUUGAAAAGCGAGAUGCAGAGCCAGACCACCAUUAUGUCUACCCGUAUGGGUAUCGCAACUACCACCCCUACUACCCAGUAGCGUAUGGUCACAAGCACUACCAUCACAAGAGAUCUGCUGAGCCAGAGCCAGAGGCUUCCCCCUCCAAAGAAUACUACCCUGUCUACCAUCCUCAUCCUCACUACCAUGGAAAGAGGUCUGCUGAUCCUUAUGCCUAUGCUGAACCUUAUCCUUAUCCUUACCCUUACCCAGAACCUUCCCAUGACUAUGGCCACUAUGGAUAUCCUCGGCCAUACCACUACUACCCUUCCUAUUACUCAGGUUAAGGAGAACUUGACUGCUGGUUUCAACGGAGCACAAAGGUGGAUUUGCUCUUGUUGCUGAUUCAGGAGUGUUUCAUGUAAAGACAAACGAUUGAAUAAAUAGUGCAUAAUA